CACGAAAAUACAGCCUUUUAAAGACCGCCUAAGGGGUUGUUUACGUUGGAUAGCAGACGACAGACUCGUGGGCCCCACUGCCACUUGCCGCUUUCUCUUUCGUUUGGCUAUUUUGCCUGGUAUCUUCUGGAAAUUGUUAUUGCAAUACGAAGCAUUGUCCAGCAGGAUGAAACGAACUGACAGAGGCAAGGGCCGCACUCGAGGCACCAAUAAGAAGAGGGGCCACUCUUCUCGACAUGACAGUAAACUGAAGUCUUGUGACUUGUCGCAAGAUGAUUCGAGUGAUGUUGUGCAAAUGUCUCAGCUUCAGAUUGAAUCAAGUGAAGAAACUGACCAGAGUUCCUCAGAUGAACAAGAAUCACAUGAAAACAUUUUCAUAACUGGAGCCGAGGUCAUUGACAAAGCCAACUUUCCUGUGGCCAUGUGGGAUAUGGACCACUGUGAUCCACGCAAAUGUUCGGGCCGAAAACUUGCUCGUUUUGGAUUGGUUCGUACAUUAAAAUUAACACAGAGAUUUGGGGGAAUAACCUUGACACCAGUUGGAUCAAAAUGUGUCUCCAUGGAAGAUCACGAUAUAGUUGCACAGCAUGGCGCUGCUGUAGUUGACUGUUCAUGGGCAAGGCUGGAGGACACUCCAUUUUCUAAAAUGCGCACUUCAUAUCCACGUCUACUGCCAUUUCUUGUGGCGGCCAAUCCCAUCAACUAUGGAAAACCAUGCAAACUGUCAUGUGUGGAAGCAUUGGCAGCCACUUUUUAUCUAACAGGAUAUAAAAGUGAAGCAAUGUUAUAUUUAAGUAAAUUCAAAUGGGGAAAGUCUUUCAUCUCCUUAAACCAGGAACUUCUUGAUAUUUAUGCAGCAUGUAAAAGUAGUUCUGAAGUUGUAGCUGCUCAAAAUUCUUAUUUAGAGAAAGUUCAACAGGAGAGAAAUGACCGAAGAGACUUUCCGUCCAGCAGUUCAGAAGAGACAUCAUCAGAGGAAGAGGAAUUGGAGCAUGAGAAUGUGGAGGAAAAUCAGGGUCAGAAAAAUAAAUUAAACCAAAACACAGAUGAGAAAGCAAAAGAAUAGACCUGAUAACAACUUACAUAGGUUUAAUAAAUAAGAUACUCUACUA